AUGUUGGCGUUCGGUUUGAGAGUGUACAUGCUGCUGACGGCGAUCGCGAGCGCCGAGCGAAGCCGGGCGCUGAGCUUAUACCCCCGCAAUGUGCCCAUGUUUGUCCCCAAGAGGUACCAGUCCCGCGUGAUGUUCCUCGACGAGGACGAGUACGGCCGCGGCGAGAUAGACCUCACGGACCGCCGGUACCCCAAAAUCAAGUUCGACGACGCAUCGGACUACGAGUUCACGUCCGACGACAAGGAGGCGGGGAACGAACGAUACUACGAGCCCCGGCGUUACCCCAAGUACUAUCAGGGGCGCUUCGGCCGUCCCUACGCCCCCGGUUUCGGGUUUGAACCGAUCCAGUUCGCGCCGCCGAGGAACAGUUACUAUUCCCCCACGACCGGGUGGAGGGCCAGGUCGCCCCGCGUCGUGUUCCCCUACAACCCCGAUACGGGGAACGGCAUUCAAACAAACUCGCACUCGGGACCGAGUUUGAAUGACAAUGUUGUGUUUCGUGAACAGAGUGUGGGCACAAACGACGUAACGUCCGAGGAUCAGUUGCAGGAUAUCAGCGGUGAUGCUUUCACGGAGAGAGGUAUGUUAUGCAAUUUAUCUCCGGAUGCGUCGUGA